ACACUGCAGGCCGUGUCGGCCUCCGCCCGGCCCGCGCUGGGCCGUGGCCGCCCCCGCCUUGCUGGGCAAGGAGGUCAUGCAUACCUGCAGGAGUGGCUUUGGUGGGCGGGGCUGCUGUGCAUGGGAGUUGGAGAAGCAGCAAAUUUUGCUGCCUAUGCCUUUGCCCCUGCAACGCUGGUAACUCCACUGGGUGCUCUAAGUGUCCUUGUUAGUGCAGUUCUGUCUUCCACCUUCCUGAAUGAGCAGCUGAAUGUUCAUGGGAAGAUUGGCUGCAUCCUGAGUAUCCUGGGCUCCACGGUGAUGGUGAUCCAUGCUCCGCAGGAAGAAGAGGUUUCCAGCCUGGAGUCAAUGGCAGAGAAGCUGAAAGAUCCAGGAUUCAUUGUAUUUGCUGUGUGUGUCCUGGUGAGCUCCCUUCUGCUUAUCUUUGUGGCUGGACCCCGUUAUGGACAGAGCAACAUCCUGGUUUAUGUUUUGGUCUGCUCUGCCAUCGGCUCACUUUCUGUGUCCUGUGUCAAAGGCUUGGGGAUUGCCCUGAAAGAACUGUUUUCUGGGAAGCCAGUCCUGAAGGAACCACUGGGCUGGGUGCUCCUGGUGUGCCUUGUGAUCUGCAUCAGCGUCCAGAUCAACUAUCUGAACAAAGCCUUGGACAUCUUCAACACAGCUGUGGUCACGCCCAUUUACUACGUGCUGUUCACCACAGCAGUCAUGAUGUGCUCUGCCAUCCUCUUCAAGGAGUGGCAACACAUGGUGCUAGACAACAUCAUCGGCACCAUCAGCGGCUUCCUCACCAUCGUGUCCGGCAUCUUCCUCCUGCACGCCUUCAGGGACAUGCCCUUCACCCCCGACCUCCUGCCCCUCUUCCUGCAGCAAGGCAGGGCAGACCUGCACACCUCAUGGAGGAGCGCAGACAGACAUCAGUCAUGUCAGCACCAGCCUCUUCUGCCCUCAGAGGACAAAGGCUCUCAGAGCGCAGAGGAGGAAGAGGAGGAGGAAGGUGAAAGCAUGUGA